AUGGCUAUAAUGAAGAAAUCCUCAAAACUAACUCAAACAGCAAUGCUGAAGCAGAUUCUGAGAAGAUGCUCGAGCUUAGGGAAGAAGAAUGGUGGAGGUUACGAUGAAGAUUGCCUCCCACUCGACGUACCAAAGGGACAUUUCCCUGUCUACGUCGGAGAGAACAGAAGCAGAUACAUUGUCCCAAUUUCCUUCUUGACACACCCUGAGUUCCAAUCUCUUUUAAGACGAGCUGAGGAAGAGUUUGGAUUUGACCACGACAUGGGUCUCACCAUUCCUUGUGAUGAACUCGUUUUCCAAACCCUAACCUCCAUGAUCCGAUGA